AUGUCUGAAGCUACAGAGCAAACUGCGCCUGUCGUGGAUGAGACGGCCAAGGCCAUCGAAGAGCCCCAAGUUUCCCCUGAGAAGCCGGCUGAGGAGAAGCCAGCCGAAGAGACCGCGACCCCAUCCAUUGAUACUCUCGGUCCUUCUGAUGCCCAGAAAGCUGCCGACCAAGCAGAGUCCACUACCAUCACUCCCCUCAUCGGCACACCCAGCGUCGGCACACCCAACACCGACUACCUCAUCGCGAACGAUCAAGACCCCAACUCUAAAAAGGUCACAAUUGCCGACCUGUCAGCAAAGGGAUCUGCCCUGUAUGCCCACAAGAACUACGAGGAGGCCGCUGAGGUCUUCUCACGUGCCAGUGUUCUUCAAGCCGAAGUCAACGGCGAGACGUCACCUGAUAAUGCCGAGAUCCUUUUUCACUAUGGUCGCAGCUUGUUUAGAGUUGGCCAAAGCAAGAGCGAUGUUCUAGGAGGCCCUGCAGCUUCUGAGAAGAAGAAGAACGCAGAGGCCAAGUCCAGGAAGCCUGCGCAGACCGAGGCACAGAAGGUGACGCAAGAAGGUGUCGGGAUUGUUGCCGAGCAGGGAGAGAAGAAGACUGAGGACAUCAAGGGAGAUAAGAAGCCCCUGUUCCAGUUUACUGGCGACGAGAACUUUGACGAGUCAGACGAGGAAGAGGCCGAGGGCGAAGGUGAAGAAGAGGAAGAUGAUGAUGACCUGGCUACUGCUUUUGAGAUCCUCGACCUUGCCCGAGUUUGCUUCAUGAAGAAACUCGAGCUUCUGGAACAGGAGGAAUCCGAGACCAGCGGCAAAGGCAAAGAGGCUGCAGAGGGCGAUUCGCCUACCGUCCGGCACGUGAAAGAGCGUCUUGCAGACACUCACGAUGCCCUCGCUGAGAUUUCUCUCGAGAAUGAACGAUAUCCCAAUGCCAUUGAAGACGGAAGAACCUCGCUCAAAUACAAGCUGGAGCUGUACCCUGAGGAGUCAGAGGUCAUUGCUGAAGCUCACUUCAAGCUUUCCCUGGCGUUGGAAUUCGCUUCUGUGACAACUGCUGGUGACGAUGGCGCAAAUUCCAAGCGAGAGGAGAUGGACCAAGGUCUGCGAGAUGAAGCCGUCAAGGAAAUGGAGCUCGCCAUCAAGAGCUCAAAGCUUAAGCUACAGAAUAAGGAGGUUGAGCUGGCCACUAUGGCCUCCCCUGAGGAUAAUGAGCUGGCACGCAAAUCCAUCCAGGAGAUGAAGGAAGUCAUUGGGGACAUGGAGCAACGACUCGUCGAACUGCGCAAUGACCCCAUUGACGCCAAGGACAUUCUGGGUGCUGAUGCUGGACCCAUCGGUGGCAUUCUUGGAGCUGCUCUUGGCGAGUCUGCUGCCGAGACCAAGGCCCGUGUUGAUGAGGCUAAGAAGACAGCAACUGAUCUUAGUGGACUUGUCCGCAAGAAGAACAAAGACGAACCUGCCGCCGAGGAACCUGAAGCUGCACGCGCGCCUGAAGCGGAGACCAACGGCAAGCGAAAGGCAGAAGAGCCCGCUGAAGAUACCGAGACCAAGAAGGCCAAGGUGGAAGCUUAG